GUCGGACCUUUUACCCAAAGAGGAGCUGGGGGAGGGACCCAAGCGCUGAGGCCCGCCCCGUGCGGAUUUUCCAAGUUGUUUUGGUCUGGAAGCCCACGGAGAGCCACCUAAUUCUUCUUACUAGGAUAUGUUUUCUUUGGCUGAGUUUUCUGUCUUCCCCGAAUAGUGUUCAAGCCAUAGAACGGGGCAGGACCUUCCCCUCCCCCACCCCAGGCUGUUCUGUGGCUUCUCAUAUAACUGGCUUUGAACCGCAGGCACCUUAGGACACAGUGGCAGCAACAGGAAUGACAAGUGUGGAGCAGCAGGUGGGCACCAUCCCGGUGCAAGGCCAGGACUUAUUCUUCCGUGAGGCACGGCCUGGCAGCGGCCAGACUGCUCGCUUCUCUGUGUUGCUGUUGCAUGGCAUUAAAUUCUCUUCUGAGACCUGGCAGAACCUGGGCACACUGCAUAGGCUGGCUCAGGCUGGUUAUCGGGCUGUGGCCAUUGACCUGCCAGGUCUGGGGCGUUCUAAAGAAGUGCCAGCCCCUGCCUCCAUUGGGGAGUUGGCCCCUGGCAGUUUCCUGGAAGCUGUGGUGGAGGCCUUGCAGCUGGGCCCCCCAGUUGUGAUCAGUCCCUCACUCAGUGGCAUGUAUUCCUUGCCCUUCGUCACGGCCCCUGGUUCCCAGCUCCGGGGCUAUGUGCCCGUGGCCCCCAUCUGCACUGACAAAAUCAAUGCUGCCGACUAUGCUGCUGUGAAGACUCCAGCUUUGAUUGUGUAUGGUGACCAGGAUCCCAUGGGUCACACCAGCUUUGAGCAUCUGAAGCAGAUACCCAACCACCGAGUGCUUGUUCUGAAGGGGGCAGGGCACCCCUGCUACCUGGACAAACCUGAGGAGUGGCACACAGGGCUGCUGGACUUCCUGCAGGGGCUGGCAUGAGUCCAGCCCUGCAGAUGGAAGGGGUGGCUACCUGCCUACCUUAAGAUCUGUCUCUCUGCGCAGUGGGCUCUGGCAAACCAUGCACUUCUAACAGGUGUGUGUCUGUCUGUAUGUCUGUCUUUUCUGCUUCUCUUGCAGCGAUGUGGUCAAAUCAAGAGGAAAAACUCAGAAAUCAAUAGAUGUGCUCUGGCAGAGGGUAAUCCAGGCGCUUGUCCUACUGGCUAUCCUUCCUGUCUUCUGCUCUGCAGGCCAGCCACCCCCUCUUUGGCUCCACUUACCCCUCUGGGACCACAGAUACAUUCAUAUAUGCCCACACACAUACUUACACAAUAGCGACAUCUGUGAUCGCAGGUACACACACACACACACACACACACACACACACACACACACUGGGCUUGAGAAGGUACAAGGGAAUUUUAAACUGUAGCUUAUUGCCUGGGAAGGUGGGGAUCUCACUGGCCAAUUUCUUGCCAGGCUGAGGGUGUGGCCAACUCUAGACUCCACCCAUUCACCCACUGGCUACUACAGAUUGUAGCUCACAAUUGUCCCCCCUCUCCACAUGGGAGGGCUGUCCCCUGUCUCUGAAACUCCCUGCUUUUUCCUCUGCUUCUAGGGUCUCCACCCUUUAGCCCCACCCAUUAACAGGCUUGGGUCUUCUCAGCCAACUUGUUUUCUGCACUGAGGUUAAAGGAGUGGGAAGGCAGAUUGUGGAGGUCGGUGAAAUAAAGCCAUGCAAUUAGA